AUGGCGCGGAAGACUGGUCUUUCCAACCAAAGCCCGACUAAGUUGUACUGUGCAUUUGCACGGUAUUACCAAGCGGAAAUCAGAUUUUGGUGGGAAAGACCUUCACCGUCGACCGUCGUCUGCAAUUGCAAGUAUCUUGGCUUCGUCAUCUGCAACUGCAAGUGUUCAGACUGCGUCGUCUGUAGCAAGUGUGCUGGCUGCUGGUUCUGUGUAACUGAGUUUCGAUUUGAACAGCAGAACAGGAAAAUGAAUCAGCAUGAUAAUCAAGCGAAUGCUAAAGUUAAUUCGGAUAAGAAUGUUGAAAAUAAUUUAGAUGAUCAUGUUCCACAGUGGCAAUUAAUUGCAAAGGUGAAUACGAAGAAAAGCAUUGUAUUGCCAACUUCUUUACAGAAGCCAUUAAAGAAAUUGUUGCACCCAGCACACUUGCAGAGGACGCAACCAGCACACAUAGAGUUGCAGACGGCGAAGCCUGGGGUGUAUUCACUAGGCACGGGCUCAUGGAGCAGUCUUGGUAUUGUUGCACCUGCAUGUGAGGUAUGUGGAGCUGCUUCCCAGACUUUGGUUAAAGGGACUCUUCAUUGGCCUGUCCUCCGCAGGAAAGAUGAUGGUUUUUAUUAUUUUAUAUUAACCUUUGAUUUGGGCAUUUGUUUAUUUAGCGAGUUAUCGAUUCCAGAGAGUUGCAGAUGGAGUUCCUCGUUGGGACUGCAAUUGUCUGUGUCGGUAGACCAAAAUUGUAUUGCUCUGUGUCGGUAAUGAGAGUAUGGCAUAAAGGAGUCAUGGACCAAAUUGAUUAGUCUCGGUCCACAAUGUCCAGAAAGACUUCUACCGAGGGCAUUAUGUUUUAGGAAGAGUGGCGAGGUCUUGUUACUGAUUCGAGGGUCCCCCGACACUUUAGGUAAAAUAAAUAUAAUAAAGCAUGAUUUUGUUUCCUUAGACAUUGAGAGCAAGCAAUUGAAGAAUAUUGGGGCUUGCAGGUAUCAGUAUUACUCUUUUGAUUCUUAUGAAGAGAGCCUCCUCUUACUAGACAAGACCAAGGCAGUUUCUUACUAAAAGAAAGAACAGGUCAUGUGAUUGUAGUGCUGAGAACAGAACAUUGCAGGUUGAUGUUAAUAAAUUGGUGGAUUUUCUUUUCUUCUUCUUCAAUUUAACAUGGUUAGUGUGGUCUUUUUUAUAUGUACUUGAAGUCUCAUUGUAGAAGAUGAGUUGAAUUCCUGUUUCCCAUCGCUUUCAUUGAUGAAAUAGUUCAACUUCAAAUCAGAUCUUUUAUUCAUUGUAUAGAUUGAAGAGGAAGUUACAUUCUCACUCUUGCUGUCGAUUAUAAUCUAACGAAUUAGCUUUUACUAAUAUAGCGGUUUCUGUUGAUAACCUGUGUUUUCUUUUGUUGCAUAUUUAUUGUGCUGCAACGCCCUUUGCUUGGAACUGCCUGAACUGCCCGUGUUUGCAAUGCCUGAUGUCCUAGUUUAUUUGCUUGCCUUGGAAACUUUUUAUCUCUAGUGCUGGUGUAUUUUCUCAAGCAGUAAAAGUCAGACCGUUGUAAGCUCAAGCUUUUGAAAAUCUUGGAUGGGAACAUAUGUGUGGAUGAAUCUAGUUACAAAUUUAAAUUGGUUGUGCUGCUUGAAUUCAUGCCACUGUUUGAGUUUCUACUAAA